GAGGCGGCUCAGCACCGGCGCACGGACCGCGGAGGAUACGGCGCAGAAGAUGGCUGACUCGACCGGGCACCGCGAACCCUCGGCGGGAUCCCCGGCGUCACUCGGGUCGCUGAAGAGCCGCAGGACCUCCGGCGUGUGGCGGCUGUAAACAGCUGCCGCUGCUUCUCUCCUCUCGCUCUCUCUCACACACGCCCCCCUCCUCCUCCGCUCCCCUCCUCACCGCAAAUAUUGACAGAAGUAUCACAGAGAAAACAUGGCAGAAAUGGAAAAAGAGGGCAGACCUCCGGAAAAUAAAAGAAGCCGCAAGCCAGCGCACCCGGUGAAAAGGGAAAUAAAUGAAGAGAUGAAGAGUUUUGCAGAGAACACCAUGAAUGAGUUGCUGGGUUGGUACGGCUACGACAAGGUGGAGCUAAGAGAUGCCGAUAACCUGGAGAUUGGAGAGAUGCCACAGCACAUCUCAGUGCUCAAAGAAAACUCGUUGCCAAAAAUCCCAGGUUCGACAGAGAGCUGUGAAGGCUCUCCAGACAGAGCCAACAGCUCCCUGUCCUUGCCAAACUCAAGAAAUGGAGUCGCCGAGCCGUCCAGCACUCCCUCCACCUCCACGCCCAGCACCAAGGAGCAUGGAAACAUGCCAAUAGUGGUCCCUAUGAUCCCUCCACCGCUUAUCAAGCCCCCUGCAGAUGAAGACACAUUAAAUGUGCAGAUUAUGUGCGCUUGGUGCCAGAAGGUCGGCGUAAAACGCUAUUCUCUGAGCAUGGGGAGUGAGCUGAAGAACUUCUGCAGCGAGAAGUGCUUUGCUGCCUGCCGCAGAGCCUAUUUCAAGAGAAACAAGCUGGGAUAUAUAAGGACUUAUACAACGAGAGACGGCGGCGGCCUUGGAGGGAAAUUACCCCGGCACGUCUUUACUCAGGACGCUCCCCGGCUUGUCUUCAAGACAAACAGCGAUGUUCUUGUGUGUGACUGGUGCAAACAUAUUCGCCACACUAAGGAGUACCUGGACUUUGGUGCUGGUGAGCGCAGGCUGCAGUUCUGCAGUGCCAAAUGCCUGAACCAGUAUAAAAUGGACAUUUUCUACAAGGAAACUCAGGCUGCCCUGCCUGGAGCAUUGUGUAACCCCGGUCAUGGAGCUGGAGGGGAGGGAAAGCCAGAGUGCAGUGGAGGGGUGCAGCUGCUGACUCCUGAAUCCUGGGGAACGCCACUAACAGAUCUUCGGCGUAAGGCUCCUUCACCAGGGGGCCAUUCUAGCACCUCUGCCUUGGUCUCCUCCACUUCCUCUGCCACCUCACCGUCAGAAACAGCAGCUGUGUGUUCCCCGUCCUCAUCCACUUCAGCCAAAAUCCCCACACCUAGACCUCAUGAAAGCCCAACACUUCCCCCUCCACCUGUUUCUUUGCACCCACCGGUGGGGGUUCCCUCUGGCAGCCCACCCAUGGUGAUGACACCCAGAGGACCUAUGCCCCUGCCUCUGUUCAUGGAACAUCAAAUGAUGCAGCAGAUCCGACCGCCAUUUCUUCGCCCCUCUGCUCAUCCAGGGGGACCUAACAGCCCACUUUCAAACCCCAUAAUCCCUGGGAUUGGUCCACCUCCUCCCCCAAGAGCCCUUGGUCCAGCAUCAAGCCCCAUGCACAGACCCCUCCUUUCUCCACACCUCCACCAUCCAUCCAAUCCUAAUCCAGGUAUGAUCCCUCCUCACCCUGGCCUACCUAUACCAGGUCUACCCCCUUUUCCUCCUGUCAACAUGAUGCCCAACGGACCCAUCCCUUUGCCCCCAAUGAUGAACUUUGGCAUGCCGUCCUUAGCCCCAUUGGUACCCCCACCAACUCUGUUGGUCCCUUACCCAGUUAUUGUACCUCUCCCAGUUCCAAUACCUAUUCCAAUCCCAAUCCCUUUUAACUCCAAGUCUUCGAGGGACCAACCAGAAAGCAGUAGUUCUGUCCACAGCGCUCCAGAUUCUUCAGAAGCAUCAUCCUCUAGGGCUCACUCUCCAAGUUCUUCUGGAAGUGACAAAGGGGACCACAAGACAGAGCCAGCUGGUGGAGAACAGGUUUCUCCUGUACCUGGUGAGAGAAGCAGGACAGCGUUCAUGGACUUGACUGUGAAGGCAGAGGAUAAUCCAGGCAGUCUUUGUCUUUCCAGUGGCUCUGGACUGAUUGAUGGUGUAAUUGACCUAACUGUGGGCCAAAAGCCAGGCCAGCAGCACCUCAUUCAGACCAUGCUCGCUGGAGUCCAGGUCAAAGUGGAGGAAUCAAGAUCUCCACCAGCUGAUGGGUUUGGGAGGGAAUGUGUAGGUAGUAACGCAGAGAACGCUCUUUUACCACAGGGCAGUUUUACAGAACUGGACACUGGCAAACACCUUAAGUCAUUGGACUCUGCAGUGCAACCUUCCAGCAAAACUGAUCUUCCAGAGAGUCAAAUAAGUCCUAAUUUUAAACCAGCGCUCUUGCCUACAUCAUUACGGACUCAGUCGUUAGCCCUUCCUCAGCUCCAAGCUAACUCUGUUGCCCCUUGUAAUGUAAUAGUCAAUGGCACUGGAUGGCAUUCCCUUCUCAAUCCAGACCGAAAAGGAGAGAGGGAUGGGGAGAACCCGCCAAAUAAUGGUGAUCUGGAGCGCGAGGCACUGAAAGAAAACAAUUGUUCGGUGGGUGAGGCAGGGAAAAGAAUAUCAGCACAAGAUGAGAAAGUGGACACAAAAGUGGACAGUAAGCAAGACCCUGACUCCAGCAUGGAGGAGGGUGAACACGCCUACGCCCUGCCACUUCUCUCAGCAGGAGGUUGUGUCGUCAUCCAGCCUGUGCCAAAGCCUGCCGCCGACAAGACAGCCAUCCUGUCCUGCUCCAUCAGCGCACCGCUGUCAGCCGGUGGGAGCCCUGAGCUGGAGCCGCCGCUGAAGAGGAGGUGUCUGCGAAUCCGCAAUCAAAACAAGUGAGAUGGAUGCUCUUAUGACCGCAGUGCCAUCAGCGACUCACCUAUCUACCCCCAACCUCUAAAUCCCAUCACUCCAAGCUACACCACUCCUCACAUUCACACACGCACAUAUAGGUUGUUGUCAUCUCACCAUCUACCAGCACAACUAAUCGCCUUUCGAGACUGACGAGAAUUAAAGAAAAUUAAAUGAGGUGUAUGAAAGCAGAGGAGACAGGGCUCCUCUUGUCUUUAUGUCACUCUUUGAGGGCCGAAUUUUAUAUAUAAGGGACGUUUUGGCCACCAGGACUUCUUGACCUUUAACUCGGAGACAGUAAAUUCUUGCAACAGGAGGAUUCACAGGCGUCCACACCCCCGCUGGUUGCAUCAUUAUUUAAAGAUUCAAUCUGCGCUUCGCCCCCCUUCAACACAAGCUCUGUUUAUAUAUAUUUUUUUUACUAUGGAGCAUCCUGUGAUAUUCAGAAGUCAGCAUCAAACCUGUGAAAAGCAUUGAAAAGAGAUGACACUAUAACCAAGGUACUAAAUGUUUGCUCUCGUAUUUUGUUUGAUCCUUUUUAAACUCACACAUUUUAAAAUACAGAUAAAUUGGAACUAGAAACAAACAUCAGAACAGUUCAUGCAGCUAAUUUCUAAUGAGAGGAGUCAUAAAUACUCUUGAAUAUCUACACUUGCUGUUUGGUUGGAUAAAAACAUCAAAUUGAUGAAAUGGGGACAGUGUUAAUGUCACUAGCCAUCUGCUGUUCAGACUUUUUCUCUACAUGCAUUAUUGCACACAAAAAACAGAGUUAUCAAAAUUGACUUUCAUUAAUAUCAUAAAAGCAAUGGGCAUGGGCUAAUCUUUGCUCAGGCUCUUCUUAUUGAGGACAUGUUAAGCCUUUCUGUGCUCCUAAAUUAAUCUGGAAAGGUGAUGUAGAAAAUCUGCCAACCUCAGUCUUGGAAAUUUGCGUUUAACAUCUUUGUUAACAUUGAUGCUCAUGUUCACUUUUAUUGGUGUCAGGGGAGGGAUAGCCUUUUUAUAAAUCUCAAUCUUUAACUGUGAGGGAAAACUGGGAAAACGAAAUUCACCCAUUUAAGCUUUGUAAAGUUAACAGAGUUACAAAGAAACUAUUUAGAAACAAAUUACGAAAAAACUGCUAUUUACUUUUGCAAUUUAUUCAUCUUCACAUUUUAUUAAAUUGCUAAUCAUUAACCAAUAAUGUCUUAAUUGUCAAUUUAAAAUGAGCAUGAAACAAGCCUUGAAGUAACUACUAACAGAAAUGGGACAUUGGUAAAUGUCUGCUUUUGUUCAUGUCUCCUUUAAAACGAAUAGGUUUAAUAAAUGUUUAGCUGUUUAAUAAUUUGUUCCUAUUAAAUAAUGACCAACUAUCCUUUAACAAUCACUUCUUAGUCAUUAAAUUCACUCAGAAAAACAUCAGUAGCUAAAGGCUAAUUGCUCAGUUGCAAGUUUAUAUUUUUUCCCCCUAUCCCAUUUGAAAAUAAUCAUUAAUUUAUGUUUACCAAAUCAGUGACUGUGUAGCAAUAAACCAAGAUUACAUUUUGAUGGCAUUAAACUGACUAUUAAUAAAUCAUUACUUAUUCAAUUAAUUACUGGCUAGUUGCUAAUGAUUAAUCAGUAGCAAUUAGAAACCGAAUGGGUAGGGCUAAUGAUGAUCAGCCAAUGAUGAUAACUUCCAUAAUAUUCUAGCUUAUUUCAAAUAGAAACAAAAAUACAUUGUUCAUAAAUCAUGAACUAUUUGAAAAAUGAAACAUAUGCCCUCAUUAAACAAUUGACUAAAAUUCAAUCUUUCAAUGCUAAUAACCUAUUUAGCAAUGUUUCUUUUUUUCUGCAUCUCAUGUACAAUUGACCAUUAACUUAUCCCUUCCAAAUCAGUAGUUCUGUUAAACAAUAUCAACUUUAACUGUGAGGGAAAACUGUCAGCAAAUUAACUGUAAUUAUUAUAAAAUAGUUAUUAAACUAGAUAUGACCAUAUAUUAAAGCUAAGUGCUAAUGUGUACUAGUAAAAUGCUAUGGAGUUAAUUAGUCACAGAUGCUAACUGGUUCAUUUUUAUUAUUAAUAAUUUUACUUUAAAUAUUAGCAAUGGAACUAUAAUUUUGCUACACAAUUUAAUUAAGACUCAACUACUACAAAAACUUUAGAUAUAGGCCUAUUUAGAUAAUAGCUAACUCAGCACUAAUCACCAAGUUUAAUUUAUUCUUUAUUGGUCUGGGUAAAAUGUCUUUUUUCAAAUUAAGAUCUGUUUCGAGGGAGACCUGCUCUUCAAAGCAGCAGGACUUACAAUAAAAUACAUAUCAAUAACACAACAAUUGCUAAACAUAUAAAACUAAAGAAAUACAUCAGAUAUUAAGAAUAAGCAUGUGAACAUUUAAUUUACUAACCAGCAAUCGGUCUUUGAUUGAUUUGUUUCUAUAUAACUGAACACGGUUUUAGGUCUGUUGUAAAAUGUUUCCUCUACAGUCCGUAUUAAAUUAUCUAAUGUUGUUUAGCCAACAUGUUUUUUUUUAUUUAAAUUUUUAAUUGUAAAGCAAUUUUGUCCUUUGUGUGUUUGAACUGUCUCCCAUCCAGUUCGACUUGCAUUCAGUUAAAUGAAGCCAGAAGUCAGUCUACAUUUCCAGUGGUGAGAUACACUGCACUCUGGUGUUCAGAGACAAAACAUGAAACCUGGUUUUAUUUUGUAAAGUCAUCUUUCUCAUAUUAGACCUAAUAGUUGGCUAUUAAAACUACUUAUGCGAAGAAAAACUAGGCACACCAUAAAUUAAGAAUGGCUUUAAACACCACAUUACUUUUAAAAUGGUACUUAUAGUCAACAAAGAUAACAAAAGAGUACCCAAUGCACUAACUUGGUAAUCCCAGAUAUUCUUUUUGUUUGUCUUGUAGCAUACAUUUUAUCCACUAUUGAGUUGUACCUGAAAGAGGCCCAACAUUUGCUCUUAGCUCACACAUAAAAAGUAUGCAAACUCGUGUCUGACAGGCUUCAUAAAUGUAACCAUGUACAAGUUUGUGAGGCAGUUGCAAACAGAAACUCCGGCUGAGAUUACACUGCAUGUAACUGUAUCUGUGAGCAGUGAGGUGGGCAUUUAGGUUUAACCUACUGUCUGCCUCAGGUCAGUGUCAGACUUUGCAAAAGCUUCUGCUCUACUUUUCUGCAAGCAACAGGGGGGAACAAAUACAGUGUUUAAGUUUCCUAUUUUUUCUUCUUUGCAUAGAACUCUAAAAAUCAAAGUCAGAGGAAGAAAUUAUUCUUAAUGUGCACAAAUGCACAUCGUCAGCAAACAGAAUAUAACAUCAAUUUGGAGUUUGUACUUACAAACAAGUGACAUGUGAAUUUAAGUGAACCCUGUAAAAACACAAAGUGUCAAACAUUUCUGAAAGAAAACAAAGGCCAAUUUUCUUCAUGCAAUUGUAAUUGCAAAGUUAAUUUUUUUAUAAAAUCCACUGUUCUAUUUUUGUUGUUGUAACACUCCCUUUUGCUUAAUUGCCUCAAAGAAUAGCUCUUUUGGAGACGAGUGCUGGAUUUGUUUCCUGCUCUUUGAUUCUGGUGCCACAAAUAAUUUAAAUGUCAAGUCUAACUUGUUGGGAUUUUUCUUUCUCUGAAACCUAAAUGUCUUGUUUUGAUGAUGUCCUAAACAUGGAUCACUAUGUUUGCUUUUCCCUUCAUGUUGACACCUUUUAUACUCCCAGACUUUGACAAAAUGCCAAGUUCUGACUGCUUCUACUCGUCCCUAUGCUAUGCUGGUGGCAUAAGGGGUAUAUCAUUUUUAUUUGAAGCAAGCAUUGAAGAUAUGGGAGUCUAAUUUUAGACAAAUGAAUCCAUCUUUCUCAAUAGCUGCAAGAGUCAUGAUGAAUCUCCAGCAUUCCUUUUUGAUUACAAAAUACAGGCCUACUUCAGAAGUCUGGAUUAUGCAAUGCAACUAACUCCAAGCUGGAAAAAAAAAGAAUAAAAAGAAAACAAGUGCUCGACAGACAAAAAAAAUAAAUAAACGGGAUACAAUGCCCUUGUGUUUCAAAAACAACAGAGAAGUUGCCUUAAAUCUUGCUUGUAUAAUCUCCACAGCUAGACAAUGAUCUUUGCUUGUAAAGACAA